GAUUUUGGUGGAAAUUUAGACAACAGUGCAACUGCACUGAAGCCUCCAACUUGGUGUUUCUCAGAAUGUGAAAGUAAAACAGCACAUGGUGUUUUUCAUAUUCCAAAAGUGAAAAUAUCCUGUUAGGGGGGCACUAGAUGUGCAGAGGUUGAAUAAAAUCAUGUCACACUGUAGUCACUGAUUCCAUGUUCUUUGAAAGGGACUACACAGUUCUUUUAAUUACUGGCUUGCAGCUUUGUGGAAGUAAGGUUGCUUUCUUAUUCUCAGUUAGCAUCUUUUGGUUUUUUAUCAUAUCACAACAGAUAUAAUCAAAAUUCACUAGUUGGGCUUAGAUAAAUUUUAACAGUUCAGUGACAUUCACAAAUUAAAAGUAAUAAUAAUUUGUAGGUUUUGGGGUUUUUUUCAGCAAACUUUUUUUGCAGUAUUUUGCUUGUAGUGCUACCAAAAUUUUUUUCUGAGUUUCUCUAUGAAUUUAAUAUUCAGUUAUGUUAAUACUGAAACUGAAUUCCUGUGUGUGCUUUAGCUAACAUGGAAGCACAGUUUGCAGAUUCAUCUGCUAAGCUUACUGAGAAAGUGAAAAUGCAGUGCAUAUAUCCAAAAAAAAAAGCUGUGAUAAUCCAGACAUCCCAGAUGAAACUUAGUGUAACUCUUAGGGAAAACACAGCUGUCUUGAAUCCAAUCUAUGGCAUACAUACCAAAGACAAAUACAAUAGAAGAAUUUAUUUUGAAAAUAAUGCCUUCAUGAAGAGCACUUUGGAAGACCACGGUCUCCACAUAACCAACAUUUCCUCCAUUGUAACUAACCCAGAUGGAAUUUUGAAAAUGGCAAUAAAAAUUACUCAUUCAACAGAUGCUUUUGAAGUGUCUGAGAAACAAAAUAAUCCCAUGUUUACCAAGCCAGGAGGAAAUGUUGCUUUUACUUUCCCUGAUAAAAUUGGAGAUUCAGUGCAGUGAGGGAUGUGGGAAAGGAUUAAAGCAGAUUGGGUGGAUAUUGUCAUUCUGUGCAACUCGUCAGGAAAGCAAAGCUUUGGUUUGGGUUUCAAAGAAUGUACUCUAGUGGAUUGCUCUGAUCAGGAAAUCUCCAGGAUUGUCUUUCAAAACGUUACAGCCUCUGACUUUGUGAUGUACUUCUGUGUAGCUGCUGGGAGAAACAAAAACUAUAUGAUGAAUUUUACUGUGGCUGCAACUUGGUUGCUAAAAAAUGGUUGCAACAAAUGGUUUAUUACCUACCUAGUUGAAAGGAUUUCUGCUGCUGUUUCGAUGUUAGAUUUCCUACUGAUCUUCAUCACCACUGCUUGUCACAAAAAAGGGAGUAAUAAAUCAAUUUGCAUAAUAUACUGCAGCAGAAAGAAGAGGAGGAUCACAGAGGCUUUAUCAAAAGCUUUGUACUCUACUCAGAUCUGGCCUUCUUCUAACAGUUAUGGAAGAUCCAAUUUUCAUGGCAUACACAGCAGAGAAAGAAGAGGAGAAUAAUCAUCACUCAGGCAGACAGAGGAGAUUUAUGUCAACUGCAAAAAUGUCUCACAAAAACAUAAGAAAAGAUCAUUAGGGUCAUGA